GCGGUCACUGUGCACGGUGCAGAGCGUCGAGCGGUCGGUUUAUACCGGUGGUUAGAACUUUAGAAGCUUUGGUUUGGGGUAAAAAAGAUUGAUUCCUUGACAAUGCCACCGCCAUAAGAGCUAGGAGAGGUUCUGACUGGUGACUGUGUGAAAGGAUUCGGACUUUCUUUGAGUAGUUGAGCUUGAAAAUCUCCAAUAACCUCAAAAUGGGUCUGGAGAAAUUGAACUGGUACUGCGGCAUCAACGACUCUGAUAAUCUGAACAACUUCACCUUUGACGUGAACCACACCCUGUACAAUGCCUGCUUUGUGGACCUCAUCUACACCUUAUCACACCUCAUCUUCAUCUUGCUGGGCGUCCUGGUGCUCUUCAUUCUCGGAUGCUGCACUCGGAUCCGCAAGGAGCAAUAUCGCUACCUCAUCCAGUACCCAGGCCACAACUUGCGCUGGGUGAUCUAUUUCAUCUUGUUCACCCUGGUGCUGUCUCAGAUUGCUGAGAGCAUCUUAAGCGAGUUGGAGGUGCAGAGUUGGGAGCCAACCCGACCCCACCUCUACAUCCCAGCAUGCUUCGUCCUGGUUGCCUCGUUCCUGUCCAUGUUCUUCUACAAUAAGAUGGAGACAUGGAACCGCCACCACAUGUCCUGGCUUCUCGUGAUCUACUGGGUGCUGGCCCUGGGAAUCGAAGUCAUCAGAUUCCUGAAUUUCUAUCACGAUCCCGAGGUGGACUUCACCCUCUUGCGAGCCGAUCUUAGUCUCGCUGCCAUGGUUAUUUACACCUUGUUGCUGUUGCUGGAGCUCAAUGUGAUCAGAGUGAAGAUCUUCAAGUGUUGCUGUGAGGAGGAGGAGUUUCCUGAAGACCUGAAGAAGGAGGACAUGAACUAUCUACAAGGCUACACCAGCCUGCUAUCCUCAGCGUUCUACUGGUGGCUCAACUGGAUCUUCAAGAAAGGUUUCAAGCAAGCUUUGGAGAUAUCUGAUCUGGGCAGUCUGUCUGAGGUCCACACCACGCAGUAUCAGAGGGAUGCCUUCACUAGGGCACUCAAGAAAGAACAGGCCCGAUCCAAAGCCCACAAGAUUCCCCUCAGCCUGUACCGUGUCUACGCCCGAGCCUUUGGCUUCCGUAUCAUGAUUGGUGGCUUCGUCAAGUUUUUCGGUGAUGCUGCCACCUUCGUACCGCCCCUCGCUCUCGCAGGAGCCAUCAGAUACGUCACCACUCUCUACUAUCAGCAGGGGGAGGAUAAUCUCAUCGACCCUUCAAAGACCAAGUAUGUCUCGGUGACGGAUUUCUUGGGUAACGGCUUUGUGUUGAUCAUCAUCAUGUUCUGGUCCAACAUCAUCAAGCUGUUAUCCCAGCAAGGCCACUAUCACAUUGUCAUCACUGAGUCUGCUCACAUCAAGGCAUCCCUACAGGCGGCGAUAUACGACAAAUCGCUACGUCUCUCCAGCUACACGAUGACAGGGGGCGCUAUGACCAUGGGCCAGAUCACCAAUCAUAUGUCGGUCGACACUUCCAAUGUUCUGAACUCGACGCAGUGGGUCCACUACAUCUGGUCCAUUCCAUUUUUGAUCAUCGGCUACAUGGUGAUUCUAUACUUUGAGCUUGGAGUGGCUGCCCUGAUUGGCUGUCUAGUCUUCUUCGUUACCAUACCGAUCCAGGUCGUCAUAGCGAGGAUGACUGCCAAAUACCAGAAGACUGUCAUGGAAAAAUCUGACGAGCGUCUGAAACGAACCAACGAGUUGCUGCAAGGGAUUAAGCUGAUCAAGCUGUAUGGGUGGGAAGACAUGUUCUAUACCUCCAUCAGCAAAGUACGAGCCUUGGAGAUCUUGACCAUGAUGAAGGGGAUGGGCUGGAGGAUUCUGCUCAUGACUAUUACUAGUGCCAGCCCACUGAUGGUCACACUUGUGUCCUAUGGCCUGUACACCAAACUAACGGGCCUGCCCUUGACAUCAGACGUCGCGUUUGCUGCCCUCUCUGUCUUCAACCAGAUGUCGCUACCGCUCUUCCUCAUGCCGAUGGUCUUUGUCAUGCACAUCAACGCCGUUGUCAGCACCAAGCGCCUGAGGACGUUCUUCGAGGCGCCCGAGAUUGAGAAAUCAGAGUUGGACGAGGAGGAUACAGAGGUCGAAGUUGGCAGAGGACUCAUCAACCAGGAGGUUGCUGUGCGUCAGCCCAAACGAAGGAGAGCAGAGGACAGACAACAUUUGCUGACAUCAUCUGAGGAAGAGGAUAGGAUGUAUGACGACGUCAUCCACGCCAUCUCCCCAUCUCCUGUACAUCCCAGCUUACCAGAUAAUAUUGCAAUAAGGAUCCGAGGUGAUUAUACGUGGGACAAGGAUGCUACCACCCCAACCCUCAAAAACAUCGAUUUGGAUAUCCCAGUCGGCAAGUUGACUAUGGUAGUGGGUCAGGUAGGAUCAGGCAAGUCUUCCUUACUGUCUGCUAUCCUGGGAGAGAUGACCACAGUCUCAGGAAGAGUCCAAUGGAACAGUCAGUAUGAUUCCGUCGCGUAUGGUGCACAGAAGGCCUGGCUGUUAAACGCUUCCCUCAAAGAGAACAUACUCUUUGGCAACAAACUGGAAAAGGACAGGUACAAGAAGGUCAUCGCUGCUUGCUCCUUGCAGCCGGACAUCGACAUUCUCCCAGGAGGAGACAAGACAGAGAUUGGUGAGAAGGGAAUCAAUCUGAGUGGAGGACAGAAGCAACGAGUCAGCGUGGGUCGCACCAUGUACAGCCACAACAAUGUCGUCAUUCUGGAUGAUCCCUUGUCCGCCUUGGACAUGCACGUUGGCAGUCAUCUCUUCAAGGAAGGCAUUGAGGACUACUUGAUGAGAAAGAGUAAACGCACAGUCGUCUUGGUUACUCAUCAAUUGCAGUAUGCUGACAAGGCUGAUAAGAUUGUGUACAUGAAAGACGGUGUGAUCCGUCACCAGGGAACGCUAGAAGACAUUCGGGAGGAGAACCCAGAGCUUGUAGCCAACUGGUCAGCCACGGCCAAUGAAGCCGAGGAAUCGGAAUCAGAAACUGAAGACGUGAAAGAAGAGAGAGCCAAGCUGGUGCGUCAAGUCUCCACUAUCAUGGAGGAAGAGAAGAAGGCAGAGCUAGCCAGAGCGGAUUCAACACAAGCCGGCCGUCUGGUUGAGAAGGAAGAACGAGCUGAAGGCUCUGUCUCCUGGCGAAUCUAUCUGGUCUACAUCAAACACCUGGGCUUUGGGGUCUUCUUGUUUCAACUCCUGCUGCUUCUGGGCAAGAACGGCCUGGGUGUGGGCACUAACUACUGGCUGGCGGGGUGGUCAGAACAUGGGAAUAAUCACACCAUCAACGCAAAUGAAACAGAGGAUCCUUUACUUGGCUAUUACCUGGGUGGCUAUGCAGGCCUGUCUGUAGGCACUAUCAUAAUCGGAGCUGCCUCCUCUACGGUUAUCUACAUUGGAUCUCUCUUUGCAGCAAAGAAGCUUCAUAACAGCAUGCUCAAUACCAUCAUGAGUGCACCGCUUAGGUUCUUUGACACUACCCCAAUUGGGCGCAUUCUCAAUCGGUUCUCCUCUGACACGUCGGUCAUUGACAUGCAAAUUGGAGGGACCCUGAGUACUUUCUUGAGUUUUUCGAUGAGCUGCCUAGUGGCUGUGCUGGUGGACGCUAUCGUGACCUGGUACUUCGUCAUCGCGUUGAUCCCCAUCAUGUGCUUCUACGUCCUGCUGAUGAAGGUCUUCAUCACAACAUCCAGGGAGUUGCAGCGUCUUGACAGCAUCAAUAAGUCUCCAGUCUAUGCACACUUCUCUGAAUCUCUGGGAGGAUUGUCAACCAUCAGAGCCUACAGGCAGCAGCAUCGCUUCCAGAAACUCAUCAUUCAAAAGAUUGAGUUGAGUAACCUGACUUUCCUGUACAUGAACACAGGGAACAGGUGGUUGGGGAGCAGACUGGACCUAAUUGGGGCAGCCAUCGUGUUAUUUGCCGGCCUUGCAACCAUGAUAUCGGCCCUCGCAGGUGGCCUCCAGCCUAGCUUGGUGGGCCUAGCAAUAACAUACGCUCUCAGUAUUUCAGGCCAGUUGAACUGGGUGAUCCGUAUGUCAGCUAACCUAGAGAUGCAGAUGAACGCCAUGGAACGAGUGGAGUACUACAAGUCUGUCAAGAAAGAGGAGUAUGACGGUGUAAUUGAGCCACGCCAUGAUUGGCCAGAUCAGGGUGAGAUUGUCUACAAGGGUGUCUCAGCCCGAUAUGCUUCAGAUCUUGAUCCUGUGCUCCAUGGUAUUGAUAUCCACUUCAAGGCAGGAGAAAAGAUCGGGAUUUGUGGUCGGACUGGAAGCGGUAAAUCAUCGCUGACCCUGACCCUCUUUAGAAUCAUCCAGACAUUUAAAGGGCAAAUCUUGAUAGAUGGAGUGAACAUUGCCCAUCUGCCGUUGGUGGAAGUCAGACGUCGUCUGGCCAUCAUUCCACAGGACCCGGUACUCUUCACUGGAACUAUCAGGUUUAACCUGGAUGCCAGGGGCGAGCAUGACGAUGAUGCAUUAUGGGAAGCCCUGGAGAUUGCGCAGCUGAAAGAUGUGGUGUCCGAGCUUGACCUCAAACUGGACGCCAUGGUAACGGAGGGAGGUGAGAAUUUCAGCGUGGGUCAGAGGCAGCUGUUUUGCUUGGCUCGUGCCUUCUUGAGGAAGACUCGCAUCCUGGUCAUGGAUGAGGCAACCGCCUCCAUCGACUUGGAAACCGAUGCCAUUCUUCAAGAUGUCGUAGCCUGUGCCUUCAAGGAGAGGACUGUACUCACCAUAGCUCACCGUGUGCAAACCAUCUUGGACUCGGACCACAUCUUGGUUCUGAAUGAGGGCAGAAUUGCAGAAUAUGACACGCCACAGAAUCUGCUAGCCCAGGAAGAUAGUAUCUUCGCUUCCCUGGUGAAGGCAGGAACUUAAGAAGGUGGUUUUAGGGAUAAAGACUGCACUUUGCAUGAUGCAGCUAUUUUCAGGGUGUCAAACAAUGGAAAUACUCUAUCAUGAGUUGUAUGGUUAGUAGAAAACUAACUAGUUUUUCAAUUUAUUUGCGAUGGUAAAGACUUAUCCAACAACCACAUUUAGAAGAUAUUAUUAGUUGGUAAUAAUAAUAAGAAAUAAUUUGUAUUACAGGAAAUGGCACCAUAGGGUUGUGCAGAAAAUGUGUCCAUUGAAAUGUCUCCCUAAUGUCCGGUGUCUCCCUCAGGUAUACGCAUGCCAAAAAAUGUCUCCUUAAGGGGACAUUAACAUGAAUUUAAAAAUGUAUAUUGCGCCCUUCACAUUAUAAUGAUCAAAAGCACUUUACUUGUGCACAGGCCAUACGCAUAUACUUCGUGCUUCUUCGACCAAAUUGGUUUUCAAAUUAUAUGCGCACCUCAAAUUAAGAAUCAAGGUGCUUUUCUUUCUCCCUAACCAAAGAGCAAAAAUUACCAUUCCCAAAUGUGUUUCAGUUUAGGGCAUACACCUAACCCAAUACCUGUAAAAUGACUUGCUGGAGGACAAAAGCUUCACACUUAUAAAUUCCAGCCUUAGUUUGCACUCUUGUUGAGAAGAAUAACUCGGGUAUUGUAAAUGCUUCUUAAUUGAGAGCAAAGUCACACCGAAUCACACAAUGAGUGUUAAGUUGCACAGUUGCAGGAAGGCCAGUUAGUAGCAAUUGUCACGGGUAAUUGUUGACCUCUAUACCUUAUUCCAUCAGAUUUUAAUGAAAAUUUAUCAAUUAUGAAAAAUGACUGUCGUUUUAAAAACUUUGAUGUCUCGUAAGGGCACAGGGCUCCAGACUGCCAAAAGGUGUUUUUUUUCCGUUGGAAAAGCAGCUAACGAAUAUAGGCAAUUUUAGAUUUGUUGGUAUCAGUAGUGAUGUUACUAAAACACAAUAAUUUUCUCCUUAAGUUAGUUAUCUUAGCAUUCAGGGUAAUUUAGAGGGCUUAAAGUUAUUCAAUAUUUGUGUGUGUUUUUUGUGUGUGUAUAUAUUUGCAUAUUUAGGGUUGUUUAGUUCUUAUUCUCUUCUAAGUAAUAGUCCAAAUAACAGGUAUUAUUGGACAAGGGCGUCAGUUGCAUCUCAAAAGUGGGGGGGGGGGGGGCAUACCUUGAUCAGCACUAAUGCGAGCGCAAAGCGCAGAGCCCUAACUUUUUGUAAGAAGUAUAUAUGAUCUUUUGCUUUUUAUGAUUUUUUUCGUUUGAGGCAACAGAAUUACUCAAAUUGUAAUCGGGGUGUGUUUAUAACAACUUAUCUGUGGAACAUUUAGCUCAGUGCGUACUGUACAUUUUGAGAAAUCAAAUGUACAAUUGUUGGGGUCUUGUAACUGGAUUCCGUUGCUAAAGCACAUUAAAAAAA